AUGAGAAGUUCGGCAUUAGUCAUAUGUAUACUAGUGUUGGGAAGUGGUAAUUUUGUAUAACAUUCUAGCCCUAUCUGCUGAAUUGGAUUUGGGUACAUCCUUAUUAUCUAUGGAUUUAUCUGAUGUGGCCCUUCUGGACACCACAUCGAUGAGUUGUUCGACACCCCAGAAUGAGUUUGAGAGAGUCUCAGCUUAAAUGGCAGCUUGGGCUGAUAUUGUUCAACAUAAGGAUUCCUUGCAUAGAGAUAUCGAUAGAUUAGAAGCCAUCAAAGAGCUCAUUCAAAAGAGAAAGUUCAAAUCAUUAGAGAAAUAGCUGAAUAAAUUGGAAUUGCCAAAGACAGAAAGCAAAAUCGGAGAGCCUAUUUUGGCAGAGUUCAGACAAAAACUUAAAGGACUAAGCAAUCCAGAAACUGCUGAUGAAUGUGAAGCAACCUUACUAAAAUUAUGCAUCUAUCUUCUCAAAUAAUUUAACAGUUGCAGAUAACAAUGCCAAUCUAAUCCUGUGACAGUCAUUAAAAUCAAGGGAAAGAUCAAGGAUUUAUAAGUCGUCCAAUAAGGCUGUGGAUAACCUGCACCAUGUGAAGAUGAACCAGGAGUACCUGAGGAACCUGUCCCAGAAGUUCCUGAAGUUCCUGAAGUUCCAGAAGAGAAAGGACCCGAAGAAAAGGAUGUUCCCCCUGAAGUUGAACCACAACCACCUACUCCACCUGGAGAAGAAGAAAAGCCAGAAAUUCCAGAUGAAAAAGGUCCUGAAGAAAAGGAUGUUCCACCUGAAGAUGAACCAUAACCACCCACACCACCUGGAGAAGAUGAGAAACCAGAAAUCCCUGAUGAGAAAGGCCCUGAAGAGAAGGAUGUUCCUCCUGAAGAUGAACCUCAACCACCUGCCCCACCAGGAGAGGAAGAAAAACCAGAGAUUCCUGAUGAGAAGGGUCCAGAAGAGAAGGAUGUCCCACCUGAAGAUGAACCAUAACCACCUGCUCCACCAGGAGAAGAAGAGAAACCAGAAAUCCCUGAUGAGAAGGGUCCAGAAGAAAAACAUGAAGAAGGUGAACCUCCUAUUGAACCACCUGUUGAACCAAAUCCUGAAGAGAGUCCUGAAGAAGAAGGAGAGAUUCCUGAUGAACCACCCGUCAAUCCAAAUCACGAAGAAUCCCCUGAAGAAUCAACAGAAGAAUGGGUUGAAGAAAUCGAAGAGGAAUUCGAAGAAUUUGAAGAACCACCUAUUGUUGCUCCUCCCAUUGAACCACCCAGCGCUGUUGAAAAGGCUUGUUUGAAUUCAGUAAACGAGAUUGUUUAUACAUCUUCUGUUGAUGAAGCUACUCCAUUAGUCAAUAAAUAAUUGGAAGGUGACGAUUUAAGUUGUUAUGGAUUUGGAUUUUACGCUAGAUGGCUUUAAGCUUAUCCAACAUUCUUGGUUCAUGGAAGAUAGUCUGAAAGAUAUUUCGUUGCAAGAGUCUCUGAAUCUGAACACACAACUGGUGAAGUUACUGAUAAUGCCUUGAGCGUAUAUUUGACUAAAGAAGGUUUGGAAUUCCAAUCCUAUGACAGUUAAGGAUUAUCGACAACAGUAGUUUAAGUUGGUGACAUCGAAGGUAAAUGGGUUUAUGUUUAUUACUCAUAUUGCAAUGAAAAAGCAGUCGCAGUUGUAAAUGAAGAUGGAAAGACAACAUUGAACGAAAUUAAUGUUAGCCAUGAAAAACCAUCUCAAUUGUAUUUCUAAUUGGCAGGUCAACAAGGGGAUGUUCCAUCAUUCUAAGGUCAAUUCAGAUUGGUUUAAGCUAAUGUUGGUCAAAGUGUAUUCAUUGGAACAGAAACAGAAGCUAAUGAUUUCGUAUUUGCUUGUAAUCACUUACCUGAAGAGAAAUGCGAAAGGUAGAUCUCAAAUCUUCAUGAUUUCGAAUUCCAUGGUGCUGAUUCCUAAUUUGAUGCAUCAUCUGUCGUUGAGAAUGCUGAUCCAAUUUAUGCUCAAGAAUACUCAGUUUCUGGUUGGUUCAAAUGGUACCCAGUUCAAAAUCCAGAAUCCUGGUAUUCAGCAUUCAGAUUGACAUUGAAUAAUCUUGCAUCCAAUCAAAAUGCAAAGCAAUUGGGAGAUAGAGAUUUGGCAUUAUUCGUAGGAAGUGAAAAGAAGGAUUCAGUCUUGGCUUUCACCACAUAUACUUACUCAGACUUAUACGGAAAUGGUAACCCAACUUAUUGGUAAGCCAUCCCAUAUGAAAAGGAUUUAGUUCAUUGGCAUUACAUUUACUUCGGAUUCAGCAGACACAUCUCUAAAGCUUAUGGUUAUGUUGAAUUCUUCACUAGAAAGGGAGAAGUCCACUUUGAAAAUGUCAAGCACUUUGAUGCUCCUCACAAAUACUUGUAUGUCGGACAAGAUCAAUUCUAUAAAUCAUACAGUGGUAAAAUCUUCAAUCUCCAUUACAACCUUUGCGAUGGUUCAUACAGAGAAUUGAAAUACGAUGAACAUUGGGGAUACACACCUAAACCAACCGAUCCAGUCCCUCCUCCUCCAGCCCCCGUUCCUGAAACACCAUCUGAACCUGCAAGUGAAGAAGAAUGGGCUGAACCACCUCUCCCAUCUAUCCCAUCUGAACCUGAAGAUGAUGUCCCUUAUGAACCUGAACCUGAAGAUAAACCACUCCCAAUUCCAUCUGAAAGUGAAGAAGAAACUCCAGUUGAACCCCCUGUCGAACCACCCGUUGAACCAGAAGAAGAAACUCCAGUAGAUCAUGAGGAAGAACCAGAAAUUCCUGAUGAACCUGUACCUGAUCCAGCUCAUGAGGAAGAGCCAGAAGUUCCCGAAGUUCCAGAGGAAACAUCAGAGUCAGAAGAAACUGAUGAACCACCUGUUGAACCACCUGUUGAACCACCUGUUGAACCACCCGUUGAACCACCCGUUGAACCACCUGUUGAACCAUAACCACCUGCUCCAGUUCCUUAACCAAAGUAGAUUUAUUUAUCAUCUUAUUUCUCAGAUGUCCACCCACCAUUGAAGUCAAUAAAGACAAUGCUGCUGACAUUUUAUGUGAAUUAUCACACUAUUUGGGUGAAUUUGCUUAAGGCCAUGUACCAGUUGCUGGACCAAGCACCAAGACUGUUUGCUUCUGCAUGACUUACAAUGAAGGUUUGAUUUAAAAUGUUAUCUUAAGAUUAUGCUCCACCAACUUUAUUGCAAUUGGCAUCAAAGAUUCCAGGACAUAUCCAACUGAACGAAGCCAAAGUUGCAGUUCCAUUAUUGAAGAAAUUCAUCAAACAAAGAUAAUGAAUAUUUUUAAUAUUAA